AUGGAGCUAGCAAAAGCUGAGCGGGAGCUAGAAAACUUCAGGCGCAACGUGACGCGGAAUGAGAGACAUUCGAGCGACAUGUUUUUGCAAAAUCACGGCUUCUGCAAGACUGGCCUGGCCAGAAAAGGCGUACCUGAGGGAUCACGGGGAUUGCCAGCCCACGAGAAUCGCCACCAUCAAAUCGUCCCUCAAGCCACAGAAGAGUCAACCUGGCGGUUAUCCCUCAUAAAACCGAUGAUGGGCAACAAACUUCGUCCUUGUGAGCAGCAGGGCCUGCUCAUAUUUGCUGUUGUUUUGAGUGCUCCGUACCGGGCCCUGUUUUUUCUCUGA